UGAAGAAAGACUUUCGUUGUGUGAACAUCGGCUUUACCGGCGUGUUCUGUUCUGGUGUUCUCCUGCUCUAGCAAGGGGUUUUUCUCUGUCACACUCGCGAGUGAAAAUCCAGCGGAAUUUUCCUGAGCGCGUGAAAUUGUACGCGCAAUGUUUCUGUGAAGAGAUUGCCACCGAAAGUGUGUGUUCAUUUAGCCAAAAAAAAACCAGGUUUAGAGUGCGUGUGCUCCAGUGAAAACCCCACUUUUCCUCCCAGUGAUUUCUGUGUGCAUUUUCCGUGGGUGUCUCGACGAUGGAAUUCUGGAAGUACGCCCUCCUCUGCAGCCUCUUUGUCGGAUUAAUAGCGCCAGGUCUGGCCAAGCCAGCAGACAGCAAGGAUCAGAGUCCUGACGAUGAUGCUUAUGUGAACGACGAUGGCGAUGAGUACAAUAACGCCUACGAUGAUGAAGAGAACACGAGUGUGGAUAAAUCCCUGAACACUGAGUACAACAGCGUGGCUCUUGAGCCUGUCCUGGAACUCCAAGAAACUGAAGUGGAAGUAAAGCCCGGUGAGCAAGCGAGAGUCGUCUGUCGAGCAAAGAAUCUCUCAAAAAGCACCGUCCUUAUGUGGUAUUUUGGCGACAAUCUGGUCUCAAUGGGCACAAAUUUGCUGUCCUCCAACGACAGGAUUCAUCUGGAUCCCAACAACGUUGCCAUUCUCAUAAUUGACAAAGUGCAGCAAUCUGAUGAGGGCUAUUACACCUGCAAGAUCCUCCCUCAGGAGCUCACGAUGAAGACCAAAUUGACAGUCUCGCGCUCUCCAACUGUGCGGAUCCUCGACAAUGGGCGUGAUGUGAGCGGCGGCAGCAUGACGUAUCGCGAGGGCGACAAGAUCACUCUUCAGUGCCGCCCGAGUGGCAAUCCAGAGCCCACAGUCACUUGGUCAUCGCAGGGAGUGCGUCUGGAGCGAGUGAACGGCGUGCAUGUGGAUCAGGGAAAGUUGGUGAUCGAGAGGGCGGAACACCAUCACGCACGCGUGUACCAAUGCUUGGCGGAUAACAGCAUUGGAAAGCCGGCUCACGAGAGUGUCACCAUCAAUAUUCACUACACACCCAAAGUCACUGCUCAUCACCACGAAGUGAACACAGGCGAGGGAUACGACGCGGAGCUAUCCUGCAACUUCAAGAGCGAUCCCGCCGGUAGGAGCACUUGGCUGCGGGAUUUGGCGCCGCUUCCCGAGGGCGGGAAGUACCGCGUCACCCAGGAGGCACACGGGCACCACAAUAAGACCACAUUGCUGGUGCGGAAGGUGCAGAAGUCCGACCUGGGCAUGUAUCAGUGCCAAGUGGAGAAUAGGCUCGGCAGGGGCGCCUCGAAUGUCUCGCUGAUCUAUGAACCGGAGCCGGCGCACUUUGACGGAUAUGAGCUGCAAACGGCGCAUCUGGUGCUCCUCAACUGGACCGUCCGGAGCGUUCAGCCACUGUCUGAGGUUCUGCUGUACUACCAGAAGAGCAGCGACAAGCAGUGGACGUCCGUGAAGCCGGUGGGACAGAAUGAGCACAAGGAUCACUCGGGAGUCUGGCUUAUUCAGCAUCGCGUUCAAUUGUCGCCCGGAACGUGGCACGCUCGAGUCAAGUCUAGAAACACCGAAGGAUGGUCAAAGUACUCAGAGUCACAGAUCAUCAAUGUUCCCAUGAUCUAUACUGACAAUGAUGAUCAACUUUUCGAAAAAUUAGAUUCAACGGAAACGAGUGGCUCUUGGACACUUAACACCGGAUUUCCAUCCAAUUUGGCCACAAUUCUCGUGGCUUCUCUGCUUUUCUGUGUUCGAUGGACCUAAAUUGAGGCCUUUAAAUUAGUGUAAAAGAAAAGAUUAAAAAAAAACGAUAGAGAUACCAGAAAUACUAAAGGACAUUUUAUGGACAUGAAAGCUUAAGGAAUCUUCCUUCUUGCAAAACCUUCUGAUAGAAAUUGCCAUAAAAUCCACUUCUUUUUUUUCUAUAAAUAUUAUAAAACUAUCAUUAACUAGACAUUUUUAGCGUUAAAGAGCACAAAAAGGAUUAUUUCUAGGCGCGCCUCUUCUCUAAAAGUCCGUCUCCUUUUCCCAUAACUUCCUUUUUAUUAAGUGUAAGGCCAAAGUUAUUCUUACUACGAUAAACAUUGUAAUUUAUUGAUAUAAAAUUGUAGAACAUAAAGAAUAUGGAUGAAGCAUUACAGUUUUGCCUUUCGAAGAAGGAUAUUUUCAGAUACGAAUUGUAAAGACGGAAUCAAAAGAAUAAAAAUAAAACAAGAAAAAUUGAGUGCCUAAUUGAAAAAGAAAGAGAAAUUUUACCACAAGACAUAUUUUGUGAAUGAAUUGUACAGAAUUAGGAUGGAAAAAAGAGACUCUCAGUAUUUUUUCUCCUCAAAAGAAAAACAAUUUGAUAGAGGCAAAAUAAAACAGCUAAAGAGAUGCAAAUCGACAAAAUGUACUUUAAAGUGUCAUAUAAUUUAAAGAUUGAUGAGAGAGAGAGAGUGAUAUUUUGUAGAGCAUUUUACAAGAUAUUGAAAGGAAAGAAACUCUCUGUAUUACGACUAUUAAGUUAAGAGAUAAUUUGUCAUAAUUUCUUCGCUUGUAUUUCAUAUUUCAUGUAAUGUAAAUAUUAGUUUUUAAUUCUUUAGUAACACAUUCAACGUGUAUUUCCGGCUGAUAAGAAUUUAUAUUUUCGAAGCGCUAUCUUGAUAAGAGGCAAAAAGUUUAAAAAAAGAAAAUCUUCUCAUUAGAAAGACCGCAAACAAAAUGAUGUAACAUGAAAAUAUUAAGAAAUAAAGUGAAUAGAUAAAAGAUCCACGAACAA